AUGCUCUCCUACGAUUUGUAUGAGAAUUGCAAUAUCAACCGGAUUCUCUUGCUCUUGGCUGGCUUAUGGCCCUUUAACCAAUCGAAACUCACUCAAGUUCAAAUAAUCAUGUGUUUGAGUAUUAUAGCAAGUUUCACCAUAUUCCAAUUAACGGCGCUUUUGACCUCAGAAUGUACACCUGAUUUUGUCAUCACAGUUUUCUCCAACGCAUUAGCUUCGUUCUGUACCUUUCUUAUAUACAGCUCAUUCGUGGUUAACAAUCGUGCAAUGAAGUAUCUGUUGGAACAACUUCAGCAAAUCUGUAACAAUAUAACAGACAAGAACGAAAUUGCCAUCAUAAAAAGUUACGGGAUUAACGCGAAACGUUUUACGACUGGACUCAUACUGUCUGGCGCCGUAUUUCUUGUGGUUAUUCAAUUAAUAUGGUUACAUGUUUUUGAUAUUUUUCUGCCGGAAAAUGAAUCCACAGGACAUCGAUUACAGUUUAUGGUGACUGAAUAUUUCUUCGAUCAGGAAAAAUAUUUCUACUUAAUCAUUCUGCACAUGAAUGCAACGAUAUUUGUAUCGUCACUUGGGGUGAUAGCGACUGGAACAAUGUUUUUAACAUAUCUCCUACACGUCUGCGGAAUGUUCAAAAUCGCUUAUAGGAUUAUCGUCUCAAUCCAGGUCAACGUACAAUAUAAUAUUAACGUGGAAGACGUAAUUAUGAUAUAUAAGAAAAUUGUUUACGCCAUCAACAUUCAUCGUAAAGCUAUGAUGAUCUGCACUUUAAUGAUGAAGGAGUUUGAGGGAAUUUACUGCAUAAUAAUAGUGAUAUUAGUCUGUGGUAUGAGCCUAAAUCUAUAUCGAAUUUUUCAGAUUAUAUCGUUUGAGAAUGAUCGUGCGAAAAUCUUUAUCCAUUUCGGUUACGUGAUCUCUAUUCUUAUAUAUUUAUUCUUGGGCAACUACACCGCACAACAAAUUACGGAUCAUAAUAACGAUGUAUAUGCCGCUAUAUACAACACUCGCUGGUACGUAGCACCAUUGCACAUACAGAAGCUAGUACUGUUACUACUGCAGAGAGGCAAUAAACCGUUUUAUUUGACCAUCGGUAAAGUUUUCGUUGCAUCGUUAGAGGGUUUCGCCACGCUAACAAGUUCGUCCAUGUCUUACUUCACUGUCAUGUAUUCUGUGCAACAAUGAUGCAAAUGUCUAAUAGAGCAGAAUAACGUAGAAGAAUAACAUAGGUGGAUGUAAAGGAUAAAAUAUUAUUUGAUCUCCUGUUAAUUAUUAAACAAAAUUAUCUAUUACAAUAUUAUAUAAUAUCGACUGCAAAAUCCGUUUCUCCGUUUCUUUUUCUUAGAAAAAUCUUACCUCUCUCGCUAUUUAUGGUACAAAAAAAUUAUUAUACUUUAUACUUUACAUUUCAUCCGCGAUGAUUUCCCAUAGAUAACAAAAGAGCAAGUCCAAUUCAUGGAUCGUUUCCGUUAUAGUCAAACUCUUACGAACGUGCACGUUACAAUGAGACAAAAUUAUAUACAUUGUGUAAAGAGUGAAUAUCCCGAGCAAACAUUGAAUCUAGUGAUUGUUUAGUAUUGACACAGAAAAGUUAUAAAGGGUCUUAUAUUGCUACUAGCUAGGAAUGUAACGCUCAUUUCUCCUAGUGGCUGUAUCAGAAAAAUUAUCUAGUAGCUGGAUACAAGAAAAUAACUUGUAACUAUCAAUGGUAUAGUUACUAAACAGUUCUGAUGUCCAAGUUCUAUUCAGUAUUUACCGAUGAUUUUCUAUCUAUGUAAUUGGUAUAGUCAUUAAAUAGUCCUGACAUUCGAAAGACUGAGUAGGAAUAUUUAGCCAGUCACGAGCUAGUGACUGGUUAGAAAACUUAUCUAGUCAUUACUAUCUAGCUACUAGUCUUGAAAUCUGCUUUACUAGAUACAUUUUUGCUCGGGAUAAUGAUACAUUUUCAUAAUACUGCACUUAUUUAAUCUAACGUAACAUAACCAUGUGUGAUGUGUAUGUAUAUUUUGUAGAUUAUAAAUGUAAUUAAUAAUAAUAUAAAAUUCUUAGUAAAUUCAAGACAAUGUGAUAAUUUGAACAAUCACAAAGCAAUGUUUUUAUAUAAUCCUUUACUUCUUUUCUUUUAAUAUUUUCAGUAGUUAACAUUUUAUUCAUUCUUGCUGUGCAAUCAGUGUGGGCCCUCAAUGUUCCUCCGCUCAUAAACGGAUCACAAACAUCUCACCUAGUACAGAUUAUGACCGAGUAUUUUGUCGAUAAAGAACAGUAUCGCUUUUUACUUUUCAGUCAAUUUCCAACAAGAUAUUAAUCUAAGGAAAGAGAUAAUGACUUAUAAGGACAUCAUCUAUGUCGUGAUGAGAUGUCGUGAAGAGAUAAUGACUUAUAAGGACAUUAUCUAUAUAUUCAUCGUAAAACUAUGAAGUUGAUAUUUAUUCCACGACAUUCGUACGCAAUAAGAAUGUUCGUUUUUUUAAAGGUUUAUUACAAUUACUCUAAACGAUUUUAAAACACUUCUCUUUGCCGGAUUAGGGACUCUUCUAAUAUUGAUGGCUUCCUAUUUUUAUUGAGAUAGUUGUAUUAUAAAUGUUUUGCAUUCAUAAAUGUAAUUCUGGACGGGAACUAUCAUAUACAAUAACAUACUCCAUUUACAACAAAUUUUGAAAUAAAAGUAAUCCUUCAA